UUCAUUGGUGAGUUCACAACACAUAUCUGUGGCCGCACCUCGUGUCUGAUAAGGCUAGCUCGACACAAGUAACUAGUUCUCAGCCACUACCAUGAAGUCGGUCGUGUUUUGGGGGCUUUUCGUCGUGGCUGUUUCAGCCUCACCCGCUCUGGAUAGUCUAAGAACAAGGGAAUCGUCCAGUUGUCCGCCAUCUUCUGGUUUGGCAGGUGCUUGUGUCUUCAUCCAAGGCAUCAACUGCAUUUCAGACAGCGAGUGUUCUGAUGGUAAAGUAUGCUGCAGCGAGGGGUGCGGCAGUGUCUGCAAGGUCCCCAUCCCCAAUGCUAAACGAGAGAUAAUUCAACCAGCGAAGCGUGUAACCGGCUCCUGUCCCGCCUCGUCUGGUUUGGUUGGUAUUUGUUUGUUUGUUCCCGGCGUCAACUGUAUUGAAGACAGCGAGUGUGCUUACGGCAAGCUGUGUUGCAGUGAAGGCUGUGGAAAGAUGUGCAAAGAGCCAGUGGCUCACGCCAAAAGGGAGGUGACCCAUGCAGGGUCGUGUCCGAAGGUAGACCAGAACAUGUUGGGGUUCUGCGUGUUCCGCCCUGGCAUCAACUGUCUGAGUGAUGACGAGUGUACGACCAACCAGAGGUGUUGUCAAGAAGGUUGCGGAAGAGUCUGCAAGACUGCGGUUUAGAUCCACAAAUUAGCUGAAAAUCAUCAGGCAUUUAUAGAAGCUCACCCUGUUACUUAUAUUUUGGCCACAUUGAGGUAGUUACAAUAAAUGAUUUAUCAAUGAUA